CUCGUGGCUAUCAUUGACUAUAUAACUCGACUAGACUAGUAGACUAAAUGCAACUCUAAAGCCGUAUACUCUAUCCUUGCCGAACAUGAUCUGAGGGCGUCAUUAUUUUCAUCAUGCCGCCUGUUCUAAACCCGAUCCUGCCUGGGUUCAAUCCGGACCCUUCCAUCCUUCGCGUUGGAGAUGACUACUACAUUGCGACAUCCACCUUCGAGUGGUUUCCAGGCGUACAGAUUCAUCACUCCAAAGACCUAGCAAACUGGGAGUUACUCGUCCGCCCACUGAACCGAAAGAGCCAGCUGGACAUGCGCGGAAACCCAGAUAGCUGUGGCGUCUGGGCGCCAUGCCUAUCACAUGACGGCGACAGGUUCUGGCUGGUCUACACGGACGUGAAGCGCAAGGACGGGUCCUUCAAGGACACGCACAACUACAUCGUGCACGCGCCGACCAUCGAAGGGCCCUGGUCCGACCCCGUACACGUCAACUCGUCCGGAUUCGACCCGUCCCUGUUCCACGACGACGGGCGCAAGUGGUUCGUCAACAUGCUCUGGGACCACCGCCGGCGGCCCCGGGCGUUCGCGGGCAUCGUGCUGCAGGAGUUCGAUCCUACCAAGGGGAGCCUAGUGGGACCCAAGAGGAACAUCUACCCUGGGACGGACCUGGGGCUCGUCGAAGGCCCGCACCUCUAUCGACGCGGCGGCUGGUACUACCUCCUCACGGCCGAGGGCGGUACGGGGUACGAACACGCGUGCACGCUGGCCCGGUCUCGCGAUAUCUGGGGCCCGUACGAGACCCAUCCACAGAAGCAUAUCCUCACGUCCAAGGACACGCCGUGGGCGGCGAUCCAGAGGGCUGGCCAUGGUGACAUCGUGGAUGCCCCGGAUGGCAAAACGUAUAUGGUGCAUCUCAGCGGACGGCCUACCACGCAGUUUCGGCGCUGUGUGCUGGGGCGCGAGACGGCGAUCCAGGAGGCGUACUGGGGCGAUGACGAAUGGUUGUACGUCAAGAACGGGCCGGUGCCCUCGCUGCGUGUCGAUGUGCCGGGGGCGAGGAACGAUGAGAAGUACUGGGCCGAGCAGCGCUACACCUUUGAGACGGAACUACAUCGAGAUUUCCAAUGGCUCAGGACGCCCGAGCCCGAGCGCAUCUUCAAACUCCAGGAUGGGAAACUGGCACUGACCGGACGAGAGUCGAUCGGUUCCUGGUUUGAGCAGUCACUGGUCGCGCGCCGGCAGACGCAUUUCUCUUACGACGCCGAGACGGUCAUCGAAUUUUCGCCUACGGACGAAAGACAGUUCGCGGGGCUUACGGCGUAUUACUGUCGCUACAAUUUCUUCUACAUCACCGUCACGGCCGACUCAGAUGGCCAGCGCGAGCUGCUGAUUCUUACUUCGGAAGCGUCGUGGCCCGAGGGCAAUCUGAACCUGCCCCUUGCAGAACCCGUGCAGAUAUCUAGUGAAGGUAAGGUAAAAUUGGCCUUGACGAUCCGUGGUAAGGAGUUGCAAUUUUUCUACGCAUUGGACGGCCAAGACUUGAAGAAGAUCGGUCCUGUGUUUGACGCCUCGAUCGUAUCGGACGAAUGUGGUGGUCACCAAACCCAUGGAAGCUUCACAGGCGCGUUUGUUGGUGUGGCUUGUUCGGAUCUCGACGGUACGGCGGCAGAGGCGAACUUCGACUACUUUUUGUACAGGCCUGUGAAACACGAAAGUGAUAGAUACGAGAUUUGAUAGCAGCACC